AUGCAUUUGUUUCAUGAAAUAACUAAAAAAGGUGGUAUACAACCGAAUGUGAUCACUUACAGCACCAUGCUACAGGGAUUGUUUAAAGCUAGACGUUGUGAAGCUGCAUGCAAACUCUUUAACAAGAUGCAGGCACACAACCUGAUUCCAGAUGAAAUCACUUACACAAUUGUUUUGGAGGGUCUUUGCAACAACAAUCAAGUGGAGAAAGCACUCUCUUUAUUCUAUUUGAUAGGUGACAACAAGCUAAAUUCAAAUAUAAAGGUGUACAAUAUACUCAUUGAUGGUGCAAGUAAAAAUGGGAAGUUUGAUAUUGCAAGGAACAUUUUCAAUGACCUAACUGGUAAAGGUUUGCAACCGGACGUUCGGACAUAUACUGUGAUGAUCAAAGGUGUUUUUCGGGAAGGUGUUUUUGGGGAAGCCAAAGAAAUGUUUUUUGAAAUGGAAAAGAGAGGCUGCUCACCAGAUGAUGUGACUUACCGGAUUCUUCUCCAAGGAUUUCUAAAGAACCAACAACAUGAUAUGGUAGAAAUGCUUCUACAUGAAAUGGAAGGAAAAGGUUUCUCACUUGAUGCUUCAACUGUAGAAAUGUUACUUCAUUAUAUAAAAACUAGUUGUUUAGAUGCUUCUUUGCUUAAGUUGAUUGGUAAGCUUGUGCCAAAGGAAGCAGUGGAUGCUCCUUGUUUUACAGUGUAG